AUGGCGUCCAACGUCGCGAAGGCGGUCAAGAGCGCCCUGCCCUCCCACCUCAAGCCCGAGUCUGCUGAGACCAAGGGCGAUUCCGAGUUUGCCCCCCGUCACCAUGGCAAGACUCAGUCGCACAUGGCCUUCGAGAAUGCCUCCACAAACAUCGCUGCUGCCCAAAUGCGCAACGCGCUGACUGCGCUCGCAGAGACAGUCACUGACGAAAAGCAGAAGAAGCUGUUCGAGACCGAGAUGGACAACUUCUUCGCGCUCUUCCGCCGUUUUGUUAACGAUAAGGCGAAGGGAUCCACAGUCGACUGGGACCGCAUCGCACCACCUGCGCAAGGUCAGGUCGUUGACUACGAUGAUCUGGCAAACUCUGAGUCUGUCGAGUUCCUGAGCAAGCUGGCAGUCCUGAAGCUCAACGGUGGUCUUGGUACCUCAAUGGGUUGCGUCGGACCCAAGUCGGUCAUUGAGGUUCGAGAUGGCAUGUCCUUCCUCGACCUCUCAGUCCGCCAAGUCGAGCACCUGAACCGCACCUAUGGCACCAACGUUCCGUUCAUCCUGAUGAACUCGUUCAACACUGACGAGGACACUGCCUCUAUCAUCAAGAAGUACGAGGGACACAACGUUGAUAUCAUGACGUUUAACCAGUCAAGGUAUCCUCGUAUCUUGAAGGACUCUCUCCUGCCCGUCCCCAAGAGCUUCAACUCCAACAUCGACGCCUGGUACCCUCCCGGCCACGGUGACGUUUUUGAGUCUCUUUACAACUCUGGAGUUCUCGAUAAGCUCAUUGAGCGCGGUAUCGAGUACAUCUUCUUGUCCAACGUUGACAACCUGGGUGCCGUUGUCGACCUCCGCAUUCUUCAGCACAUGGUUGAGACAGGUGCCGAGUACAUCAUGGAGCUUACCAACAAGACCAAGGCUGAUGUCAAGGGUGGUACCAUCAUUGAUUACGAGGGCAAGGUCCGUCUCCUCGAAAUUGCCCAGGUCCCCAAGGAGCACGUCAACGAGUUCAAGAGUAUCAAGAAGUUCAGGUACUUCAACACCAACAACAUCUGGAUGAACGUGCAAGCCAUCAAGCGCGUCGUUGAGAACCACGAGCUGGAGCUGGAGAUCAUUCCCAAUGGCAAGACCAUUCCUGGUGACAAGAAGGGCGAGUCGGACAUUUCCAUCAUCCAGCUCGAGACCGCCGUCGGUGCCGCCAUCCGUCACUUCAACAACGCUCACGGUGUCAACGUGCCCCGUCGCCGCUUCUUGCCCGUCAAGACGUGCUCCGAUCUGAUGCUUGUCAAGUCAGAUCUCUACACCGUCAAGCACGGCCAGCUGCAAAUGAGCGCCGCUCGCUUCGGUGAUGCGCCGCUCAUCAAGCUGGGAACCGACUUCAAGAAGGUCUCGGACUUCCAGAAGCGCAUCCCUUCUAUCCCCAAGAUGAUCGAGCUUGACCACUUGACCAUCACCGGUGCCGUCAACCUGGGCCGUGGUGUUACCUUCAAGGGUACCGUCAUCAUUGUCGCUACCGAGGGUCAGACCAUCGACAUCCCGCCGGGAUCCAUUUUGGAAAACAUGGUCGUGCAGGGUAGCUUGAGGCUCUUGGAGCACUGA